GAAAGCCAUUGCUUGUAAUUUCUUGCUGGUGAGCUUUCAAAAAGUAAGAUUGUACUGUUAGUUGCGGGUCAGACUACUUUUGACUUACUUUGAAGUGAAAAUACUUUUCCCUAAGUGCAGUCGGAGUUUGUAGAGGGCCUAUAUCCCCGAAAGGACGUGUUGAAGUUAACCGCCCAGCAAAACAAUAGAAGGUCACUGUUUCGUUAUGUCGCCAAAUUACUUCUUACCCGCCAUCAUGUUGCUACUGGCAACGGCUGCUUUUAGCGUGGCAGAUCCACUCCCACCGUCGCCAAGUUCCGCAAAUAUGACGUCAACCGGCGGUGAAAGCUGCAUGGUUCGUUGGAUGCUCCAGUCCGGCGUAGAGCUGGCGAUGGCCGAGAAGUACGAAGGUGUGUUCAAGACCAUUGGAAUGACAGAAACUAAGCUAAUUGAGCUGGACACUGAUGUCCUGGCUUUCCUGAUGGGAAUGACGGCUGACCAUGCCACUAUGCUCAAGUCCUGCCUGGAUGGUACCAAUCCUGUAUGUGCUGAUGCGUUCGACCCGUGCAACACGGAGGGAGAGUGUGCGUUCAACACUGACACUCGUUCAUACAUGUGCCAAUGCCAACCAGGCAGAACAGGACAGUAUUGCGAGAAUGAGAUAGACGAGUGUGCCAGUGCACCGUGUCAGAAUGGCGGACGGUGCAUCGACGCACUCAACAGUUUCACGUGUGAUUGCUCAGUUGGCUACGAGGGAGACGUAUGUCAAACACGUUGGCUCACACGAGAUUUGUUUCAAACGCUUAACGCUAGUUUGGCGAUGGAGAAAGCAAACGUCGACGUCCUUCAGUCGCAGUUAGCUGAAGCGAACCGUACAUUGCAGGAGUUACAACAAUGCAAUGCGCCAUCACUCGGGUUCGCCUAUACAGCGCAUACAGGAAAUGUAGGUGGAAUUCAGCAAUUGUCUAGCGUCCAUGUCACCAAGAAGCGUGCAUCCACACUUCUGAGAAUCACAUACUCAACCAACAUUAAAACUACUGGACCUUUCACAGCGUCAGAGUGGUUUGCUAAAAUUGACGGUCAAGAGUGUACUCAGCCAUCAAGUAUCAAAUUCGUUCACUACCGACAAGAACCAGAUGACGUAAUUAUUCCUGGAUAUCUAGAGGGUCUGUGCAGAGCGACAAGUUCGGGACCUAUCACACAAGGCCGUCACGAGAUCACAAUUCACCCCGGAAGAGUUCCAGGGUACAAGCAUCAUGCUAACUCGGGGUGGAAUUCACCAUCUCUUCUGCAAGUCCGGGAGAUCUGUGACCAAUAAGCCAUUUUUGUCGCGAAAGAGACACUGGUAUCUAAUUUAGAAAGUGUAUUGUCCAUUUUGACUUUCUCACAGGGUUUAACGUCACACUCCUCAAUCUAUAUCUAGUUUGUAAAUGUUUUCUGUUGAUCGCUAAGUACGUGAAACUCGGAGCAAAAACACUUUUUUCGUCCUCUCAUUAUUGUUAUUUCUAUUUCUGUGCAUUCCUAUGUAUUUAUAUGUACAUAAAUUCCUAUGAGUUGCUGUCUGAUGAAUGAUGAUGGGUUAAAAACGGUAAACCUCAGACUUACAGCAGAAACGCUUUUGAUUCCUCUCAGAUUCCUCUCAAAUCUGUAUGUUUUCUAUGUACAUGUACCGGUGUUUUACACUUCUGUUCACAGCAGUGGCCAAAAGAUUGUCAGAGAGAUCCUUUUUCAGUUUUUAUGAUUCAUUGUUCCUAUGUGAACGCAGAACAAUAUUGAGUUUGGAGGUACAUCCAGCCUCUUGAACCUCUUC